AUCCAUGAUCAUGGUCCAGUUAUUCCUGGGAGUUUCUUGUCCUUAUCCGCACCGUUGCAGCUUUCUACAUGGAUGUGAUUGCUUUCGUGACCUCAGGGCUCGGUUUUGCUAAUUACUUUCAGCGUUAGGAUGCGAGCUAUCCACACUCGCUGAGUGAUCACGCUGUAAAGAUGCCAUCGUUCAUGGAUCAUUAAUUUUUAAAUGAAACAAAAUGAAGAUUGUCACUUGGAACAUCAACGGUAUUCGAGCUAGCUCUGGGAAACCAGGUGCAGCCGCUUCAUCAGUCGUACACAGCGCUGGCUUAGCUCUGAAAGCGGCAUUGGAUAACCUCGAGGCCGAUAUUAUCUGCUUACAGGAGACGAAAGUUACCAGAGAUCAGCUUGAGGAGUCGAUAGCACUGGUCAAGGGCUACGAGUCGUUCUUUUCCUUCUCGCGGGUCAAGGCUGGAUACUCAGGUGUGGCUACGUAUUGCAGAGAUCAGUGCUCGCCGUCGCGUGCCGAAGAAGGCCUGACGCCCAUUCACCAGCCGCCGGGACCGGACGCCAUUGGUUGCUAUGGCGAGCUGGCGCAGUGGUCGGAGAGCGAACAGGCACUGGUGGACGGCGAGGGUCGUGCAGUACUCACAGAGCACAGAGUGUGUCCGGCGCCAGAAUGCAGCGGUAGUGGUAGCGGUGCGGGCAAUGGCAAAGCUGCCUCGUCCGUUGUCAUCGUGAACGUGUAUUGCCCUCGUGCGGGCAUGGACGAAGUGCAGCGCUACGACUACAAGAUGCUGUUCUACCGUGCGCUGGAGCUACGAUGUCGCGCUUUGCGUGAGGCUGCCAAGCAUGUGAUCGUGCUCGGCGAUGUCAACUGCUCACAUCGUCUCAUCGACGUGUGUGAUUCGGACAAGUGCACACCAGAGGAGUUCAACAAUCGUCCCAGUCGCUUGUGGCUGGACAGCUUGUUAAUUGACACACAUUCUGAGCUGACUGGCCGCCUAUCCACGGCUGGAGCUUGCUCAACGAACACCACCACCACUGCCACCACCUCCACUACUGCUGCUGUGGAUGCUGCUACUGCUGAUGGUUACCAUGGAGAACAUGGCGACAGUUCAGCUGCGUCCACAAACGGUCUUCUUGUUGAUUCGUUUCGUCACUACCACCCGGCGCGGCCGUACGCCUACACCUGCUGGUCUACGAUGACCGGCGCGAGGAAAACCAACUACGGCACUCGCAUCGACUACGUACUCGUCGACAAGGUCUUCCUGGACUCCUACUCCACGGGUGCAGACAUUAUGCCGGAGGUGGAGGGAUCUGACCAUUGCCCCGUGUACUUAAACACGUGCUGUUUGGUCUCACCACCAGCUGCUCUGCCCUCGCUGGCUGCUAGCAGAAUGCCCGAGUUCUCCGGCAAGCAGCAGUCGCUGAUCAGCUAUCUCAAGCGAGCGCCGAGAAGGACGACGGCACUGAGCACCGCUUCAACCCCCACCGGUGCAGCGCGCAGCCAGGACUCGGAACGCUGUGCCGCGCCACCAGCGCGGGCGUCUCAGCGACAGCCCGUUGUUGCACCGGUCAAGCGAGCCGCGCCUCCUCACGGCUCGCAGGCGCCGGACAAGAAGAAAGCGUGCUCGAGACCGCAGCAGGCGUCCAUCUCCGGCUUCUUCCAGCGUAAAAAGCCAGCGGAGACAGCGCUCGCGACUAGCAACACUACAGGUGAGGCUCAGCAGAGUUCGUCAACGAUCACGUGUAGUAACGUAGUAACACGUUCUGAUGCUGACUGCAGCUCCUCUCCUGUUCAAGCACAGUCACUGCCGCACGCAGCGACUGCCUCUGCUGCUGCUGACCGUACUGGCACUCAGUGGAAGAAUCUGUUCACGGCGCGCGCGCCCAAGCAGGCCCUGUGCCACGGACACAAGGAGCCCUGCGUGCUCCGGACCGUCAACAAGGCCGGUCCCAAUCAGUUUCGCAAGUUCUACGUCUGUGCGAGGCCCGCCGGGUCUAAGGACAAUCCGAACGCUCGCUGUGAGCACUUCGAGUGGAUCGACAAGCCAAAGUUCAAACAGAAACAGCCGGAGAAAAGCUAGUUUCCACAGUAGGCAACAUCUGUACAUAGUGUAUACAUGCAGAAUAUCCACCCCUUGUUUUCCGCUUGCUUUUCAACACUUUUUUCCUUUUUUCUUUCAUGUUGUAUUCUCGGCUGUACCUUCUUGGUACGCCUGUAACCAGGGAGUUGUAAAAUACCGGUAUUUUACUACUUCCUGCCUGUAACCGUCUUUCCGUGAACAACCGGACACAUUCUUUAUUCAAGCUUUCCUUUCCGGAGCGUCUUCUAGGAUCCCGGUACUGUUGUCCCUCGAAUGUCGCUAGUUUCCUUGUUCCACGUAGCAUUUCUAAAGGCUAAAGAAAUCGAUCAUUUUCUAUGCAACCCAAUACUCUCUACAGACCCUACUAGCCACCAUGGUUACACUACUACAUGAACUUGGUUUCCAUGGCUACUGCUCUGUUGUGCUAGUGUCAGUAGUGACGUGUAGGAACACCUAUGAUGACUGUAUUCUUGUCCUUUACUCACGAUGUUUUUUAUAGUAUUAAUUUGAUUACAUUCCACUAGUACGCGUGAGUGCAACGAUCCAGCGCUGGCAGUUGGUGAUUUUGUCUACUUCCGAAGAAAUUUUCUUCAUACUAAGCGUGGUAUGGUCGCUGUUGAAAAUCAUGUCUUAGUCGCUUUUGUGUAGCAUCAUUCUGUACAGUGCCCUCUAUUGUUAAUUUUUUUUUAAAUUGUUGUCGGUGUCAUGACGUCACCGCCGCUUGGACGAGCGGCUGCGUGUCUUUAAAGCUUUGUCUGCUGUUUCCUAGAUCCUUGCCGCCUGCAUUAUUUUGCCUCCACCGUUUUGGAGAUUGCAGCUGCUUUUGACCGCCUGGACCUCAGCCGUUCUGGUCCUUCGAAGUAGCUUGGUGAUAUGGUCCAGGACUGGA